AUGAAUGCUGAACGUCUUGAAAUACUCGUCCGAGAGUACCGUCGGGACACCGCGGAUGUCAACGACAAAGUUGGCCAACUGCGGGGCGGGACAUCCGGCGUUUUUAUAAUUGCUGAAGUUGCUAUCCUCCAACGGAAGUUGGCUGGGAAGAUACGCCGCCUGCUGUCGGCUCUCGAGGAAGGAGGGGUUCUUGACUUGUUCUCCGAAUCGGAGGGCAUCGCCGAAACAAGGACUCUCCUUGGAAAGUUAGAUGAAGCUGUGACCAUCGCCACAACUCAAGUGACAAAAAAUUACGGCGGCGGUAACACUUAUCUUCACUCGGCUGCUGUGUACCCGGAGACAGGAUCGGAAGUAAAGAGUGCAAUAGCACUCGGGGCAGAUCCAAAGGCCACCAACGAGAAAAGUUUAACCCCGCUUGUAGUGGCAACAAUGCAAGGGGAAGAAUCAGUGGUAAGGGCACUGCUCGAGGCUGGUGCCGACGCAAACCAGCGCGACGAAAAACAAUAUAUGGCACUGCCUUUCGCGUGCGUCGUCGAAAAACUCGACCCCAUGGUCGUAGGAAGUAUACUGAGGGCAGGAGCAGACGAUACUGCGGAAGUUGGGAUCGCUUUGACUCCGAUGUCCCUCCUGGCGAAAUAUUCGUCAGACAAAAGGGGGUAUAGACAAGUCCAGCAGUUGCUCAGCAGGGCGGCGACACUGCGAGAUUAUGGGUGGCUCGCAAAGCUUUGCAAUCGCGAGAUCACUCAUAUCGACAUGGAGGCCAAAACGCGGAAGGAGAUGAAAGAGCUUCUGACCGCGUUCAUCGACGGAGAUGUUAAAACUCCACCUCUCUGCACUGCUGCCACCAAGGGGAAUGCGGGGUUAGUGAUGGCGCUCUUGGACAAUUUCGGAGCCGACAAAAACUUCAAGGACAACGUGGGCGAGACACCCCUGAUGAAAGCAGCUGACAAAGGCCACCUGCCCGUCGUGGAGGCGUUGUUGGACGCUGGUGUCGACGUCGCCAUCACCACCGACCAAUCGAUUUCUGCUCUCCACCUAGCUGCCGCAAAGGGAUCUGGUGGGAUAGUGGAUGCUCUCUUAAAGUCGGGAGCAGCGAAGGACGCGCGCGACGACGAGGGUGCAACCCCGCUGUUGUUCGCAGCCGCAGAGGGUCACCUGCCUGUCGUGAAUGCCUUGUUGGACGGGGGAGCGGAUAUGGAAGCUCGCGAUGAAUCCGGUGACACCCCGCUGACGGGCGCAAUCACGAUGGGUCACCUGCCUGUCGUGAAUGCCUUGUUGGACGGGGGAGCGGACAAGGAAGCUCGCGAUGAAAUCGGUGACACCCCGCUGAUGUUAGCAACCACGGUGGGUCACCUGCCUGUCGUGAAUGCCUCGUUGGACGGGGGAGCGGACAAGGAAGCUCGCGAUAAUAUCGGUGACACCCCGCUGUUUCACGCAACCAUGGCGGGUCACCUGCCUGUCGUGAAUGCCUUAUUGGACAGGGGAGCGGAUAAGGAAGCUCGCGAUGAUUUUGGUAAAACCCCGCUGUUGCAGGCAGUCGACGUCGGUCACCUGCCUGUCGUGAAUGUCUUGUUGGACAGGGGAGCGGAUAAGGAAGCUCGCGAUGAUUUCGGUAAAACCCCGCUGUUGCACGCAAUCAUAGCGGGUCACCUGCCUGUGGUCGAGUGUCUACUAGCGACCGGAUGCGACCGCACCGUCCGUAGUAAAAACAAACAGCUUAUUGUUCUACACGUCGCCGCCUCGCUGAACAGUGUCGAACAUGUCAGCCUCCUGCUGCAGUGGGGGGCGGACGAAACAGCCUUGGAUAGAGACGGGAAGACUCCCGCGGAUCUCAUCGACGAGUCAAGGCCUCAACACGAGGCCGUCCGCCUCCUGCUGGCCCGGGCUCCCGCCGACAGGGCGUGGCGCCGCCGAGGCUGGCUCGUCAUGGUUUUUUCGCGCACCCCGAAGGCUGGUGGCUCGGGUGGUUCAAGUGGUGACGGUGGUGCUACGGGAGCGCGUUCGGUGAAGCAGCAGUGCGGGGCUCGCGGCGGGAAGGAGAGCUUUGACCUGUUUGCGGCGGUUGCUCAGCUUAGGGUGGUGGAAGAAGGCGUGUUUCGCAACGUUGUCGGCUUUCUGUGA